AUGUCAUCACGCCUAUACUUGCGGCUGCCGAACUUGCCGUCGUUUCACCGCAACAUCACCUCGUUCCUUGGGUUUAUGGACCUCAAGAUUGGUGCCUCCAUAUUGACGCUGUUCGCUCUUUUCAACAAAACGGCCGGCAUAUACGGCAUCCUUGCCGUCUUUCAGGGAGGCACCUUCGCCCAGGUGGCUCUGUACCUUUAUUCGAUCGCAACCAUCGUGGUCUUCCUCUGGGGACUCAAGGGCAUCUCGGAUGAAGAUGCGCAGCAUGCGCUCACCUACGCACAUCUCUUCACGCUUGAUCACAUGAUCUCGACGUUUUGGACGCUUCUCUUCACGUUCAACUGGUUCUACUUUACCCCGCACGAUGGCCAACCUACCACGACGCAGUCUUCGCACCAGACGGGUCUCAUGGACCUCAUUGAAACCAUCGAAGCACAGUACAGGACGCCGGAAGAGAUGCAAAAACUUCAUCACGAUCAAUUGACGCCUGGACAGCGCAAGAUGAGCGCCGAACGCAUUUGGAAGGAGGAAAAGGACUUUUCGGCGGCGGUUCUGACGCUGGGUUGGUUGGUCAAGAUCUAUUUCGCGUUGGUUCUGUACUCGUAUGCUCUGCAUCUUCGCCACGGCACCUACCGCACGUUGCCGCUGUCCAAGGCGUCUGCUCACCCGGUAGGUGCACGCUCCAGCGGCGGCGGUGGCGGAGGACGCUCCGAGUACCGCUACCACCCCGUAGUCGAAGAGGAAGAGUUGGAGACCUGGAGCGACGAUGAUGCCGAAACAGAGGGCAACAAAGCAGCAAAGCGCAACGGUGCGGGCAGUGCGAGUAGUGCGAAAGGAAGCGGCUCAAUACCGGCAGCCACGACAUCCUCCGGUAACGCUACCCCAGGUGGAGCGAGAGCUGUUAUUGAUCGCCUGGCGGUGUAA